AUGAUACAAAAAUAUUACUUUUGUGACAAUGCUAAGCUCAACCAAACCAUCUGUUUUGAGAAAAUAUUCAAUGCCAGUGAUUUUUUUGAAAACCCUAAAGAUAUUGAAGUAGAACUUGCAAAGGUUGUGGUAUUGCUCAUUGCAAUAGGAGCAUUUGGAGAUAGCCAUGAGCACUUCAUCUCCUCAGCAGUUCAACUCCCAUCAGAAAUGCACCUGGAUAUAAUGGCAAUCAUCCAGUCAGCCAUACCUGUGGAUUCUUCCCAGGUGGUUCUCAGUCCACAGAUUGAGCAGACCCUCAGGGGAGUUACAGGGUCUAAAAAAGUAUAUUUAAGUGUUGAAGAUACUAAGCUAAAAAAUGGAAAAGCUCCUGUGAUGAAAAACACUGUCCCUACUGUGAGAGGAUCUAACACCUAUGAGGAGACAAAGCCUGUAACUCUUUGUACUCAAGAAAAACCUGUUUCAAGUAAAGACCUAGAAAUUAGAGCACUACGUCAGCAGUUAAACAAUGAAAUAUGUUUAAAAGAAGAGUUGCAGUUCCUGCUGCAAGAUUAUAAAUCUGAAGUAAUUUUAAAAGAUUCUGAGAUUAUCAGUCUAAGGAAAAAGUUGAAAGAAGUAAUUGACAUGCAAAAUUCCUAUGAAGAUUUGCAGGAAAUGAAACAGAAAUAUAAUCAGUUAGAGUUGAACCUUGACCGCUUAAACAAAACUGUCCUGACACUUCAACACUACAAAGAUUACAGUCUUGUUUUAGAGAAAGAAAAUCUCUCUUUAAAUGAGGAAAUAAGCAAGCUUGAAAAAGAGGUUAAAACUAUGCAGCUAGAGAUAAAUAAAGCAAGAGACCUGAUAAAAAUCAUUGACAAGCUUGAGAACCAGGUCAAGGUCUUGGAGAGCCAAACAGAGAACAUGUAUAGAUUUAAGCAAGAAUGUGAGGAGGUCAAGGUCUCAUUAAGAGAAGCUCUAGAUGUGAAUGAGAUGUUGCUGCAGGAAAUCCACCAGCUCAAGGAUCAAGAUAAAGGUGGAAAUCUUAAUUAUUACCACUUGUUAUUAACAAAUGUUCUUCAACCUUUUAAUGUAGUCGUACCUAAAUAG